AUGGGUCCCAAGGAUGCGAAGAAAGGCGGUGCCUCCAAGGCGCCCAAGGGCCUCAAGCGGGCCAAUGCCGCUGCCAAGGCUGCCCUGCGCGGUGACAACGGAAACAAGAAGCGCAAGGUCCGCACUUCGACCUCGUUCCACCGCCCCAAGACCCUCCAGCUCUCGCGCGCCCCCAAGGUCCUGCGGAAGUCGGUUCCUCACGCGCCCCGCCUCGACGCACACAAGAUCGUUCAGUUCCCCCUGAACACUGAGAGCGCGAUGAAGAAGAUUGAGGAGAACAACACCCUUGUCUUCAUCGUCGACGUCAAGUCCAACAAGGCCCAGAUCAAGCAGGCCCUGAAGACCCUUUACGACAUCGACACCCAGAAGAUCAACACCCUCGUCCGACCCGAUGGAACCAAGAAGGCCUACUGCCGUCUGACCGCCGACGUUGAUGCUCUGGACAUCGCUGCCACCAAGCUGGCUCUCGUCUAA